UCCCAUUGGCUCCGAGCAGCCUGUGCUCAGCAAGGGCUGCGCGACAGGGGGAGGCUCCAGUCCAUAAAAGGGGGGGCGAGGCACCAGAACUGCCAUUCUGAGGGGCUCUGGUAGCGUUCACAGCUGCCUCCUUGGCACCUCCAUCCGCGUCGUGGUCAGGGAGCCUCCCCGAGCCUUGGGCCAGCGCCUGCCACCUCCCUCCAACCAGCUCGAACAGAAGCUGCCCAGGGACAAAGAGGAGCCCAGGAACAGCCGAGACAGAAUGGCGUGGCAGGGGCUGCUGCUGGCUGCUUGCCUCCUCGUGCUGCCCUGCGCCACAGCCGACUGCCUGUCCCAGUGUUCCUUGUGUGCGGUGAAGACCCAGGAUCUGCCCAAACCCAUCACCCCCCUGAUUUGCUCCCUGGAAUGCCAGGCCGCCCUGCUGCCCUCUGAGGAGUGGGAGAGAUGCCAGGACUUCCUGACCCUUUUCGCCCUUGGGCUCAAUGGCAAGGGAGACUUGGAGAGCAAGGCGGUUUUGGAAGAUCUGUACAGCAAGCUGGCCAAGAGUUCUGGGCCCUUCCUCGAGAAGUGGGAGAAAAACAAACUCCUCCUCCCCAGCACCCCAACAAGGGAAAAUGCUCUGAGGAAGAGCCUGGAGGAGAAGCUCAGGGGUCUCCCAGGCAGGUUUGGGGAGGGAGCGGAGACCGAGCUGACGGAGGAUGCCCAGACCAACGAUGGUGCCUUGGAGGCUGGAGCCCUCGGUCCAAAUGAGGAGAACCCCAAGGAGCAGGUCAAACGCUAUGGGGGCUUCUUGCGCAAGCACCCCAAGAGGAGCUCAGAGGUGACGGGGGCAGGGGAUGGGGAGGGGGAGGGGGCAUCCCACGAGGACCUGUACAAACGCUAUGGGGGCUUCUUGCGGCGCAUCCGCCCCAAGCUCAAGUGGAGCAAUCAGAAGCGCUAUGGCGGUUUCCUCCGGCGCCAGUUCAAGGUGGUGACUCGGUCUCAGGAAGACCCCAGUGCCUACUCUGGGGAGCUUUUUGAUGCGUGAACACCUUUCCCAUCAUGGAGUGGAGUCAGGGACUGACCCUGGCACCUUUCCAGAUUGGAGUGCAUUCAUUUAUCUCCUGUAUGUACCCCAUGCUCAGUCCAGCAUUGUCUACAAAAUAUCCACACCCAGCCUACCUCCCUUCUGCCUGGGCGUGCAGUAUUUGUCUGGAGCCAGUGAUAAAGAAGGAUGCUUAGCUCAGACCCCUAGACCUCUAAAACUACCGCCACCUGCAGCUUUUGAUGUCACCCACAGUUCAUGUGACUCCCCAGUUCCAGGAUUCCAGAGAAGACUUGUCCUUGGUACCUCUAAAUCUAUGAUCUCCAAACUUCACUGAUCACAUACAUCCCCCGCCCCCCCCGAAAAAAAAGUAGCAGUCCUCCCAAUGUAGAUAUAUUCAUUUAUAUAUUAGAUACAGGAAUCAUAAAGCAUACAAACAGUAGAAAUUUAAAAUAAGAUAGAUAUGCACAAAUAAAUAUCCUAAUAUUUUAUUCCCAAACCUCCCAGGAUCUCCUUGUGCACCCCACUUUAGAGAUCAUGCUUUAGAUCAAACGCUCAAACACUGCCCUUUUCUCGAGCAGGCAGUCAGUGUACUUUGAAUUCUCAUUGUUUGGAAACUUGAAGCCCCGAGUUCCCCAAUUCCUAUCCAUUUUGGAAUCCCAAACAGUGCCCAACUCCUCUCGGAAGAUUAAGAAGUGAAAAGCCCUUUCCUAAAUGGUUAAUUGAGAGCUGUCCUCCUUAUGCUGAAAUGAUCAAGGAGGGAGCCAGGCAAACCAAUUUGUUCUGUGCAACAAUCUCAAAAUGUGGACCAGUUCCCUCAGCCCUCAUUAAACUAAUUAAACUGAUCAGUAUCACACUCCCACCCCAGGAUGAACUGAAGCCGAGUCAAGGGGAUGAGGUUAAGUGCAGCCAUAUUCUUGAGCAGCUGAAUCGGCCGCCGAGAGCCCAGGCCAUCUGGUCCGACAUAUGCAUCGGGCAUUGACUUACGGAAUCCGGAAGCAGCAGCGAGUCAGAGAAAAAGGCUCUCUUUAACCCCCAUGAUAAUUCUUUCCUCUUAAUGUCUCAAAAUAAAAUGAGAAAGAAGAGUGAAAUGAUUAAGUGCUUAAGGCCAAAUGAGCUCCCUUGAUUCAAAUAACCCGGAAUCAGAGGCGGGAAAUCUCCCGACGCCUUGGCUUCAAUGACAGAUGUCUCCUUCUCUGUCCCCGCCCCUUGCUUGCUGGCUCAUCCCCAGGCGCUGUGGUUUGGUUUGCAGGUCUAGGAGGCUGGGCUGGAGAGGAGAGGAAAGCUUGAGUUUGGAUAGUUUGCAUAAAAUGCUACUGAACCCAUCUCUUCAUUUGUAGCCUCCAAGUCUCUCAUGAUGUUUUGAAAUGUAUACAUUGCUUUGGGGUUAAUUUGUGUGCUUUUUAAAAAUUUACUUGGAAUUUGCUUAGUCCUGAAUAGGCCUGUGUCAUUCCCUUCUCCAGUACAAUAAAUGAAAGAUGCUGACGA